AUUACUACGACUCAAUUACUACGACUCAAUUACUACGACUCAAUAGCCGUCGACCAAGAUUACCUAGGCCCGACCCUAUUACCUCAAAUGUCAAGACACGUCGUCGUUUCCGGCGAUGCUCCGGCCCAGCUUUUCCUACUUCCGAGGGUGGCUGGCGCAAUCGACGCAGGCGGAGGCACCCGGAGCUUUAGCGCGCAUCGGUUCCAUGGAGGGGCUGGUCUCAUCAGCGAACUGCUUCAAGAUACCGGUCAUUCUGGACAGAUCGCGCACAUCUACAGACCGGCUUUGGCUGGGUCGGCAGAGACUUCUGUGCAAUCUAUUGUUGAGCUAGAUGCUUACGACACAACUAGUCCUCAUGGUACCGCUUUCAGGCAUAAGAGCACGAAACUUAUCGAUGCUAGUUCGAAAUGGCUAGCUCCAACGCCGCCACUACCGCCAACCACGCAUGACACCAUCUCUAUAUGGGUUCUACAUGACGCAGGCUCAGGGUCAUCUUUCACAGACUCCGAUGCUAAGAACGCGAUUGCUCAGUUCAAGACUUCCCGGCCACAGUUCCUAAUCUACCACAUGUCAAAUCCUCUAUGCGAGGGGAAGUUGUGGGAAGAUUUGCGCUGGGGGCCAUACGUCGACAAUCAUCCCCGGGAUCCUGAGAAGGUCAUUGUCAUUCUCAGUGCCGAUGACCUACGCGCCGAGGGCAUUGAGCUAUCCUACGGACUCUCCUGGGAGAAGACAUGCGAAGACUUUGUUGAAAAGCUCGGUUCCUCUGGCAGGCUUGUCACACUGGUUACGUGCGCUCACCUGGUUGUGCGAUUCGGCUUAGACGGUGUCAUAUAUCACACUGGACGCCAAGCAGCCGCACCUCUUCUGGUUUUCGAUUCGCAAUGUGUCGAAGGCCAGUUUAGUCGACAAAACCUUGGACCCAUCCCCGGUACAGACGAAGCAUUUGUGGCUGGCUUCUCGAAAGGACUUAUCGAGUCGCAUGACCUUAGCAUCGAGCACGGCAUUAAAUGCGGUCUCUGGGCCGCGAGACGGCUAUCCCGCCGAGGCCUCACGGUCAAGGACCCUGAAGGGCCGAAUCCAUCCAUCUAUCAGACUCCGACUAUUAUGACUGGCCUUGGCGACAGCGAGGAAGAUGACCAGUUGUUGUCGUUGUCGAUUCCUUCAGAUCCAAUCGCCAGUGGCACAGAACGCAACUGGUCCCUCAUAGACCACUUGGUCGGAGAUGCUGCCGAGGUUGCCCGCCGAAUUGUGAAAGAUGGGGUCAUGUCUCCCGAAAUACGGGUUCCGUUGACAUCAUUCGGCAAUCUCGUGCUAUUUGAUCGCCAAGAAAUCGAAUUGUUCCGAACACUGUUUAACUUCCUGAACUUGUACUUCUCUUCGCCCAAGACGAAACCCCUUAGCAUUGCGUUGUGCGGCCCGCGGGGCGCUGGAAAGGCCUUUGCUGCACUUCAAGUUGCUCAAAGCGCGGCGAAGGGUCAGAAAGUCAAGGAGCUGCGGUUUGACCUUUCUCAAUUUACAUCUCCGGAUGACCUUUUGGCCGCCUUUCAUUCCGUGCGGGACUGCACCCUUGGAGGAAGCAUUCCGCUGGUUUAUAUCAGCGGCUUUGAUGGCAGUCUUGCUGGAUCUCAGUUAGGUUGGUUGCCUUAUCUUCUUCCGGUAAUGCUGGGAGGCAACUUCUCAGAUCAUGGGUUUAGCAGACCUAUUGGCCCUGCUGUUUUCUUCUUCGGAACCACCGUCUACAAGAGUUACCGUGAGCUGAAAUCUCGCGCUGAAGGGGACACUCGACUACAAGAUUUCCUCGGUUGUUUGCAUGGCUUCGUUAACGUCCUCGGGCCAAACCGUUUCGAUUAUGACGAAGGGGAUAGAUUAUACCCCGUCCGGCGUGCCGUCAUCCUCCGUGCAUUGCUCGAAGAAAGAGAGCCAAACCUCAAGACUGGGGACAAAAUUCGCAUUAAUGAAAGCGUUCUGAACAGCUUACUGCUGGUGCCUACUUACAGGCAGGGCAUCAGGUCUCUGAAAACCAUCAUGGCGAUGAGCAGGGUCGACGGGCACCGCAGUUUCGAGCGGGCUGCCCUCCCCCCUCCAGCUCAGUUGGAUAUGCACGUGGACUAUGCCGAAUUCACUCUACAUAUGAGCGGUAUCCCACUUCCUCCCGAGGUUGUCGAGAAGAUUGCGGUCAAACUACACGAGACAUACUUUGAAGCGAAGACUGCGACACCUGAAAUGGACCUGAGCGACCUCGUCCACUGGGCCCAGCUAGAUGAGGAGUUGAAGGAGUCAUCCCGGGCUCACGCCAUGUCCAUAUCCCAAAAGCUGCGCAACAUAUCGUGCUACCUCUCGGAGAAGCAAGGGACUCGUGAGCCCAUCAUUGAAUUCACCCGCGACCAAGUCGAAAUCUUAGCACAGGUCGAGCACGACAGAUUCAACUCGGAGCGAUUGCAAAAGCAAUGGGGAUUAGGAGAACGAUCUCCAGAAAAGCGGAAAAGCCCGUUUUUGAUACCUUGGGACGACCUUGCAGGGGAAUGGCAGGAGAUCGAUCGGGCCAUGGUUAAGGCUUAUCCGUCUAUCCUACGUCCGGAGGGCUACGUGAUUUACCCCAUGGGCCCGAAGAGCUAGCGCACGCAUAAUCUCAUCUCAAAAGAAUGCGUAGUCGAAAUUAGAAUUGGAGUUGCGACCUUGGAAAAGAAUGGGGUGGGAAGAGAAGGAAUACUGACCGUCAAGAUCUGGGAUUAGCCGACUGCUGGCAGUAUACUGGAAAGACUGCCCUUAAUAUAAGUUCAUGCGGAGUAUUACUAUUUGAACGACAAUAAAAUACUAAUCGACUU